GAGGACUUGAGGAGUUUCCUUCUCAUUCUCUGGAGAUCUGAUUCCUCUAAUCAAAAUUACUUUUCUUUUUUCAUUUUUUUCGGUUUUGGUUUUGGAAAGUUCCUAUCUUUGUUUUUGUGCAUUCUCUGCCAAUUAUCGGUUUCCUAAAUUGAAUUUGGAGAAAGAAGCACUGAAAACCCUAGAAAAUGGGGGACUUGGUGAACAAGAUCGAUAUGGAGAAGCUCGAUGUGGAGAAGCUGAUCUCCUACAGCAACGAUCUUGUGGAGGUAUUGAAGGACAGAAAGGAUGUUCACAACUUGAAUCAGUGUUUGCAGCACUCCAGGGCUCUCCAAUCGCAGUGUGAUUCUGAUUUCAACGAGGUCCAGCGGUUACUGCAAGAAUAUCAAGAAAAGAUAGAUGCUUGCAAGAAGAAAACAGAGCAGGCAAAGGCCGAAGUUGCUGCGGAAGAUGAAUUGGAGUACCUGCAGAAGGAAUUGAAAGAGGAGCUUGAGAGAGAACGUGGGCUAAAGGAGGAGCUUAGAUAAGUAUAUGCUUGUUGCAUGCUAUUGUUUGAUUUUGGGAUACUCCAUUUUUGGUGCUUGGUAUUGAUUAGCAUUUGAUUUCCUAUGACACGGCUAUCAGUGAAGAGAUAAAUGAGUUGGAUCAACAAAGGGUUUCUAUUGAAGAGAGAAAGCAAUCGCUAAGGAAACUUGAGCAGGACGAGUUGAAAGAACAGAGGAAGCUUUCAAUGUAUGCGUCUGUCACAAAUCUCAUUCCAAACUUGGAAGAUCAGUCCAGAAUCUCAGGCCAUAUAGUUGAUAGAGAUAAAAAGGUUGUGGAGAAGUUUGAAUUUGACCCAGCAAAGGUGUCUGCUUUUGAAGCUUGUGAUAGCAUAUGGAAGAUGAUAGAUUUGCGAUAGAUAUCAGACAUGCUUUCCUCAAUUUUCCUUUUUUACUCAAGUGAUUCAGGGUGUAUCUUCAUUUUUUGGAAAUUCCAAUGAUGCAAUUCCUUUUGUUCUGAACUAUCUUUAUGGAUUCACAUUUAGCUGCAUCUUGUGUAAUAUAUUAUCAUCAUAUCAUUUCUUCAAACAGUGGUGGUGAAAAAUACUAAGGUUAAGAUGCUAGUAUUAGCAUGGCUGAAAAGUAUGAUUGUUCAUUGUUGUGGGCAAAUUGU